AUGGCUCCUACAGCUAUUGACACCGAGGUACCUCUUCAUACCAGCACCAAGACCUCACUUCCGACCCCACUGAAGUCAUCGAACUCAUUGGAACAAUAUGAGUCCUUUGAUGUAACCCCGAACAUUGGUCGCGAGUUCCCAAAGGCAAACCUGGCUGACUGGCUCAAUGCCCCCAACGCCGACGAGUUGAUUAGAGAUCUUGCCAUCACAAUCUCGCAACGUGGUGUCGUCUUCUUCCGUGCUCAGGACAACCUGACCAAUGAUCUGCAAAAGCAACUAAUCCUCCGAUUGGGAGAGCUCACCGGCCGACCAUCCGACUCCGGACUCCACAUCCACCCGGUCCUUAACUCGGAGCGGGAACUGGGUGGGGCUGACCCGGAGAUCAGCACUAUCAGCUCUGUGCAGCACAAGAAGAUCUACCGCAAGCCUCUGGAAGGUGAAGAGCUUAGCCCAAAGAAGCAGUCGACUGCACAAUGGCACAGUGAUAUUGCGUUUGAACCUGUCCCGGCCGACUACUCAUCUUUGCGCCUCGUUGAGCUCCCCAAGACUGGCGGCGAUACUCUUUGGGCAUCCGGAUAUGAGAUUUAUGACCGCCUCAGCACUCCAUACCAGAAGUUCUUGGAGAGCCUCACGGUCACUUUUGAACAGCCUGGCUUUGCAGCCGCUGCCGAGCGUGGCGGCUUCAAGCUUUACGAUAAGCCGCGCGGCAACCCGAAGAACAUUGGCAGUAUUCUCAAAGCUGUCCAUCCCGUUGUACGAACGAACCCUGUCUCGGGUUGGAAGAGUGUCUUCCCUGUUGGCGGCCACGUGAAGCACAUCAACGGCGUGACGGCGGAGGAGAGCAAGCACCUGUUGGAUUGGUUCCUGGAUAUCUUGCAAAAGAACCAUGAUAUACAAGUCCGUCUCAAGUGGCAAAAUGCUAAUGACAUCGCCAUUUGGGACAACAGAAGCACAUUCCACACAGCAACCUUCGAUUAUGAUGAACAAGGAGAAAGAUUUGGAAACCGGGCGGUCGGAAUUGGUGAAGCGCCUUACCAGGACCCCAACAGUAAGGGACGUCGUGAGGCAUUGGGACUCUCCUAUGUGACCGGACCUUGA